AUGAAGUUCAGUGCUGCCUUGGCUCUGCUGGUGAUCGCCGGGUUCGUGGCCAGCGGCGAUGCCCUGCCCGCCAGGAAAAGAAUGGUCUACUACCAGCAGCCCGCCGCCGCCGAGUGGUACGGAGCCGCGCCCCAGCAGCGCAUCAUGUACAUGCAGUACGUGCAGCCAGGACGCACCCACGCCCGCUCCACCCAGGCCGCCAGCGCCCUUGUGGCCGGCGAGACCGUUGCCACCGGCACCUACCUGAAGGAUUGCAAUCAUGCAGAGUCUGUGGAUGAGCUCAGCGCCGAGGGAGUCCAGGCCGAGGAUGUCCUGGCCGCUGCCGGAGCCCACGGAGCCACUUCCGUGGCCGAGGCCUAUCCCGACGAGGCUCCUGUUGUCCAGGUGGCCAUCGAUGCUGAUGUCGUGCCCGAGGCUGAGCCCGAGGUGGCCGUCGUGGAGAACGAUGACGCCGCCAAGGUGCCACGCGAAUACAACUUUGUGUCCGAGGAAGCCGCCGCCGCCGCAGUUGCCGCUGAGGAGGAGGCCAUCGCCGAGCCCGUCGCCGUUGCCGUCGAGGCCGAGCUGCCCGCUCCCGCACCCAUUGCCCCCGUGGCUGCCGUUGUGCCCGCCAACCGUUACCUGCCCGCCAAGAAGAAGGUCAUUGUCGAGCUCGAUCAGUCCCCCGAGGAGGAUGAGCCCGAGAUCGCUGCCAUCGAGGAUGAGGAAGCCGUGUCCGACGACGUUGAUGAGGAUGAGGAGGAGCUGGUCGUGCCCGUCAAGCCAGUGGUCAAGAACCCAGCCCGUCGUCCAGCUGCCAAGAAGCCCGUCAAGGCAGCCGCUCCGGCUGCCAAGCCCUCGAAGAAGCCUGCCGCUCCUCUGCCCGCCGGCACCUUCUUCCCCGUCAACUUCGGAGGCACCAGCGGCGGUGCCAUCGCCAUUGCCAACUCGUUCAGCACCGGCGAGGGCGGAGCCGCCACCAGCCACGCCAUCGCCUAUGGCUCCCCCGACUCUGUGCGUGCUCGCGUCCGCCCCAAUCCCAGCAAGUUCCGUCACUAAGUCACCGACUGACGACCAUCCUCCGCGUCUUGCUAGAUCCAGUCUGUAAAUGAAAGAUUCUCCUGUAAUUAUUAGCGAAAUUGUCAACUUUUGA